AUGAGCUCCACAACUACAACUUCCGACUCCACCCUCAUCGUCCCCUCGUUACGUCCGCUAUAUCCCAUUGGAAUCCCUUCCAAGUUCUCUCCAGAAGGAGUCGUCCAGAGAUUUCCAGGCAACACUACCCUCUGUCAUAUACCUGCCAAUUCGCGUCUCUUCCGAGGCCUGCGAGCCGUCUACGCAUCGCUCGAGUCUCACCCAACUCUUUCUAAGAAGAUCCACCUCCUGCCCCAGGCCUCAUGGCACAUGACCACGCUUGACGGUGUUCGGGAGCAGGAAUCGGUAGGAAAAGAGAAGCAGCCACUGGCAGACUGCACUGUUGAGUUCGCGCGUCGAUUGAGACAACUCGGCUUGGAGCUGGAAAAGGAAGGUCUAGCACCGCCGUAUCGAAUGCGCGUUCGCGGGUUUGAUAAGUGCGUGCUCGGGGUUGGGCUUGAGAUUGAGGGAGCGACGGUGCAGGAAGAGAGGCGGAUGAGACAACUCCGAGACAAGCUUGCGGAUACACUUGGCUUCAGGGCACCAAAUCAUGACACCUAUGGGUUUCACAUAACGAUUGCUUAUCUGAUGAGACAUAUAGAUGGAGAAGACAGGCAGGAGUUGAAUAGGGUGCUCUCGCAGCAUCUCCCCGCUGUACAGCAAGAGUUUGAUCUCGGUGCGGUGGAGUUUUGCACCUUUGAGAACAUGUAUGCUUUCCCGAGGCAGUUCUAUCUCGGCGAGAAAGAAUAA